AUGGUUGAAGGAGAGACCAGAGGUCUAAGAAAAGUAACGAUUCUAGUAUCGGACCCAGACCCAUACGCCACCGAAUCAUCUUCCGACGAAUCUGAUCGAGAAACGCGGCAGAAGCGAGUGGUCGGUGAAGUCUUUAUCCCCCAUUCCGCCGCCGUAGCAGCGCCGCUGACCCAACCGGAGAAGGACCCGGUGGCGGUUCCGGUUCAGGAAAUCGGGUCGGGCUCGGGUCAGAAGAAGAAGUGGCCCGGGGUUAGGAAGAGGAAGUGGGGGAAAUGGUGCGCGGAGAUCAGAAACCCUCUCGUCGGGCGGCGCGUUUGGCUGGGGACUUUCGAUUCCCCGGAGGAGGCGUCGCGGGCGUACUUUUCCAUGAAGGAGGAGUUCGACAAAAUCGCGAGAGCCAAACAAGGAACAAAGAGUAAUAAAACGGCGACGAUUCUCCCCGUCGGGGUUCAAGUCAGCAAGAAGACCGGAAAGUUCUAUUCCGAACUCCCAAACCCAACCGGCAACCGGAAAACUCGUCUCGGCCCAUUCAAAACCGCAGAAGAGGCAUCGCAGGCCUACCAAUCCAAGAAACACGAGUUCGAGGAAUCCAAGAAACAUGAGUUGAAGGAAUCCAAGGUAUCCCAAUGCGAGGAAUCCGAGGUUAUUGGUGAUGUUCAGAGCUCAGAUCAUUCCUGCUCUAAUGGCGGCGGUGGAGAAGAAGAUGGAGAUAGGUGGUUGGGGCAGUGGGUAUCAAUGCCUGAUGGGAGUGAGGUCAGUUUCUCAGUCAAAUAUGGAAUCCCCAUCAUUGAUAAUUAUGGAAUGUUUCUGGGUGAAUUUAGGAGAUUAGAUGAUGACCUUUGGAUCUGCGGCCCUGGAGAUGAUGACAAUCAACCUAGUCAUCCGGAAUUUCCGGGUAACCCUAAUUAA